GGUGAGAUGAUGGAGAAGACCACUCCUCCUAUGAAGGACUACUUAUAAGCAUGACAAAUCGAAAACAAGUCAGUUGUCUCCUGCUGUCACGAAAUGCUUCUCCUGCUGAUCUUUGGGACAUUGCUUCUCCCUAAAGCCAUUGCCUUGAAAUGUUAUGAGUGCUUACCUGGACUCACAACAUGCACAGACACACCCAAGGACUGUCCAUCCUCGACUCAUUGUGCAGCAAUGAGAGUCAUUGCAUACGCAGGUUCUUCUAAAAUUUCUGACAUCAAUAUGAAAACCUGUGCUUUGGCUGAACAGUGUGUUGAAGGUUCAAUCAACUUUGGAGUCUCCAAAACAGUGCUGUCCACCAAGUGUUGCACUUCUGAGUUAUGCAACAAGCAACCUCUCCCUGACCCCCCGAAAAAAAAUCCCAAUGGUAAAAAGUGCUACCGCUGUGAUGGAAAAACAUGCACUGGAACUCUAAACUGUGAGGGGAACGAGGACUACUGCGUAUCGUCAGAAGUGGACGUAGCAGGUAACAAGAUGACCUUGAAGGGCUGUGCUUCCAAAUCCUUGUGCUCGAGCGAGGCAAGUGCACAGAUAGCAGAAGGCAUUGGAUCAAAACUGAACUGCUGCCAGGGCAACUACUGCAACAGUGCCGGUGCUGCUGGCGCUGGCCUUGUGAUCCUGGUGGCACCACUGAUGUCUCUGGUCUUAUUCGCUUAAAGUUCUUCUAAAGCAAAUGCAGUUUCUUUUUUUUCUUCUUCUUCAUCCUCUUCACACUUUAUGUUAGAAAGUGUAGCAAAGAGCAAAGAAUUAUGGCUGAAAACAGCUUCUCUCCAUUCUUCUUUUAAGGAUUUUUUAAAGGUUUGUCUAAAAAUGAUAUGGCUUGAUGAUGCACUGGAGCAAUAGUUACUUAGUUAGGGCGACAGUGCCUGCUCCUUCACUUCUGCUUUUGUUAGCUGAGAUGUCUUGUCUUCCCUCUCUGCAACCUUUGUGUGAUGAAUGAGAAACUAGAUCAAUUAGAAGCAAAGUAUAAAAAUAUACUAAAGAUCAAAGGUCAGCGAACCAAGCAUGGAGCUGAAUUUUGGCACACUGUACCCAGGAAGAAUAUUUCCUGUGUUAUAAAUUAAAUAAGCAUGUUUGCCAAAAAGAGGGAUGGAGACAAUAGUCUGGCCAAAGAUGUUUAGAUCUGAGCCCGAGAGUGGCUCAAUCUGUAACUUGAGUAAGCCUCAAAAUAAAGCUUGUUGCCUCGCUAGGCUGAAUCUUCA